UUUAAGUUGGUCACCACUGCCCAGACUCUGAUUUAUCCUUGUGGGCACCGGGUUUUCAAGACUGCAGCCUCCUCAAAUAUUAGCACUGCCUCCUCCCCGCGCCUGCCCUCUCCCUCCCGGCCGCCGAGGUCCUGCCCUGGUCCCGGCGGAUCGCAAGUCCGAGGGCGCCGUGGAGCCCAGGGCCUGGGGCCCGCGCUGAGCAGCUAUGGCUGCGGCGAUAGCCAGCUCGUUGAUCCGGCAGAAGCGACAGGCGAGGGAGUCCAACAGCGACCGGGUGUCGGCCUCCAAGCGCCGCUCCAGCCCCAGCAAAGACGGGCGCUCCCUGUGCGAGAGGCACGUUCUCGGGGUAUUCAGCAAAGUGCGCUUCUGCAGCGGCCGCAAGAGGCCAGUGAGGCGGAGACCAGAACCCCAGCUGAAAGGAAUUGUGACAAGGUUAUUCAGCCAGCAGGGAUAUUUCCUGCAGAUGCACCCAGAUGGUACCAUUGAUGGGACCAAGGACGAAAACAGUGACUACACUCUCUUCAAUCUAAUUCCUGUGGGCCUUCGUGUGGUGGCCAUCCAGGGGGUGAAGGCCAGCCUCUAUGUGGCUAUGAAUGGUGAAGGCUAUCUCUACAGCUCAGAUGUGUUCACUCCUGAAUGCAAAUUUAAGGAAUCUGUGUUUGAAAACUACUAUGUGAUUUAUUCUUCUACACUGUACCGUCAGCAAGAAUCAGGCCGAGCGUGGUUUUUGGGACUCAAUAAAGAAGGUCAAAUUAUGAAGGGGAACAGAGUGAAGAAAACCAAACCCUCAUCACAUUUUGUUCCCAAACCGAUUGAAGUGUGUAUGUACAGAGAGCCAUCACUACAUGAAAUUGGAGAAAAACAGGGGCGUUCAAGGAAAAGUUCUGGGACACCAACCAUGAAUGGAGGCAAAGUUGUGAAUCAAGAUUCAACAUAGCUGAGAACUUUUCCCCUAGUCCCUCUCUCAUCCCUUCCCUUUCUCUUCCCUCCCCGUUACCCAUAUCCUUCCAAUUAAACCCACCCAAGGAGAGGAAAGUAAAAAUGGCAACGUGGGACCUAGUGGCUAAGUUUCUGCGCUCAAAUCUUCCUUCUGUGUAGGACAAAAAAAAAUGUACCAAAGCUUGCCUGUUGCAAUGUGGUAGAAAAUGCACAUGCACAAAGAUUAGUACAUAUCAAAUCAAUGGAAAAAUUGACCAAGACUCCGCCAACAUUAAAGUUAACUGUACUGUUAUUAACAGAGGGCUAUAAUUGUAAUGAAAACAUACUAUAAUAAAGAUAAAAUUGUAAUUAUUUUAAAGAAAAGGUUUUGGAGAAUUAAACUUAUAAAUGACCACAAUUCCCUAAUUUGUUUAACUCUGGAUUUUAGAGAUGUAUGCUUUCUUUAGACCUCUGAAAUUAACAAAUAAUUGCAUUAUGUUCCCAGGAUUUUUUUCUAUUAUGGUAUUGAAGUUGUAGAAAUUACAAUUCUUCCCAAGCUCUAAAUUAUGUCAUCAGAAAUCAUUUAUCAAGAAAAGAAUUUAAAUUUAUUUUUUAAAUUAUUAUUUAAGAUUGGUCAAACUAACCCAUAUAAUGAACUUAAGGUAUUUGCUGAUUUGGUACCUUCAUUAAAAAAGAGGUUCAGAUUCUCAAUUGGAAAUAUAUUUUGUCAAGGUAUCAUAUUUUGUUAUUUAUAAAAAAAACAUUGUUCUGACAAUAAGGUGACUUAUGAGAAUUAUUUGUCAUUGCCAUGCUCAGGUAGUGAUGUACAUGUUAUAAUAUUGUAAUUUGUCCAAUGUUCUACUUUGUGGACACUCUUGAAAGAACAGGUGCAUGUAUGAAACUUAGACAAUUCAGACCUUCUCUUGCAGCAGGAAAGAAAGGGAGUUUGCAUAUGAAAAUAGUCCUAUAAAAACUGAUCAAAGAAAAUUGUAUUUGCCUUUGUACCUUACUAGAGUUUAUGUAUAUAGUGUUUCCACAUACUACCAACGAACUGGGAGGCAUAGCUGUGACAUUCCUAACUUACUAAUUUCUGAAAUCAGUGACUUGUUUGUGGCUGUGUGCUAUUGUUUGUUAUGUCCAGUUGAUAAUAACUGUCUCCUACAAUACUGAAGGAUAUUUGUAACACAAAAAACUGUCAAGAGGUAGGGAAGAGUAUGGAAUCAACAGCUGUGACUCCAAAAGAUAGAAUUGUAUGAGUGAUGUAAAAGAUUUUUUCAAAAGGUGUAAGACUAGACAUAUAUACAGGAAUACUAAUGUAUUUGGAAAAAAUUAGAAAAGAAAUGAUUGUCAUGAAACUUUCUUGGAAAAUUAUAGAUCUAUUUAGUCUGCAAAUCAAGAAAGGUAUAAAGACAUCCAAAUCAAAACAAAACAGAAUGUUAAAAAAUGUAUGCAGAUUUAUGGAUAUUAUCAAUGAGAAGACUUAGCAUGUUACUUCUCCUAUAGCUCUACUGUCCAGCAUGUAUUGUUCCAAAUAUGACUCCCUAAAAUAUAUACACAUUGCAGAAGCUCUAGGUCCUUACUUCAACUACCUUGCCAUUGGUUACUGUAUUCUUUCAAGGUCAAUGUAGUUUCCCUCACUCCACACAAUCGUUAUUUCAAUAGUGGUUUGUGUCCUUCACCGAGUAUUUAUUUGUGUUUUCAGGAAGUUAGCAAAAAAAGGAAAUGGUGGAAUUUGCCUAAUGAGUUACAAAGAGCAAAAGUUAUGCAUCUAUACAAGAAUUUUGAACACACAUUUGCAAGCAAUAUUUGUUUAAACAAAAUAUUUGUUGAAGUACCAAAUAAAGACAUUUAAUUUAAAAAAAUUAGGAAUAUUGCUUUUCUAAGAAAAUAAUAUCCUUCUGAACAAAUACAUAUCUUGGAUUUUUCCUUGUCACUCUCAACUUGACAGUAAACACACCUGUCACUUCCCAAGGACUAAACAGACCCCAAGCAAAAGCCUCAUUUUCUCUUAAAAACAAUAUUUAAAAGAUAUAGAAAAUGGGACACAGGUUCAUUGAUAAUGAAUUGACAUAAGCUUUUGUGGUGAUAGAGAUGUGUAUAUACACAUACUAGAAACUUAUCUGCAAUAAGAUUAACAAUCUCAUAGAGCAUUAUCACUUAUGCUGAUUUCAUUACUUACUAUAUUUUAUCCACUAAAACACUAUAAAGUAUGAUAUAUGAAUCUCCAACAAAACUGUUUUCUUUAUUUCCAAAGGCUAUCCUUUAUUCUAUAAACUCACUGGUCUCUUCCUGUGGAAUUGAAAAAAAACAAAAUUCUUACCACUGUGUUUGCAUAUUUUUUUCUUCAUAUCACCUUAGCAAAUUUUAACCACAGUGAAAUGUUUUGGAAAUUACCUUUGUCAGAGAAUAAAUUAAAUGCUUCAUAUUUCCUUUAAAGCUUAGCUUGACAAAAACAAUGGUUUAUAGCACAGUAAACAUUUAUUUAACUGAUUGCUUUAUAAGUGCAUAAAAUCUUUAAUAGAAAAGUCAGUAUUCACUAGGCUUCCAAAGUAUCAAGUAUAAGCAUCUAAUUCUUUUUUCCCAAAAAUAAUAAAUCAAGUUAAAAAUUUUUUAAGUUUAUUCCAGCAAAGAUAGCUAUCACUUUUAAUUUCAUUACUCCAAUUUCUGGGUCUCAAUCCAUCCAUUACUUAUUCUUAUAUAAAUAAGUUUUUUGACUGCAUUUGUAUUUCAAUAGGAAUAAUUAUGACUUUUAGUAAAUAUUUGUCAUUGACAAUGUACAUGUACAUUGUACACAUGAAGAUGUGUUUAUUCCAAGACUCCUUAUUGUGAUGUUUAAAAAUCAAUGAACUUAAGAUUGAUAGCUAAAAUUUUGAGAAUCUUACAAAAUAGUGUUCUGUUUAAUAUACCUGAUUUGAAGUUUGAGGUAUGAGGUAUAGAAACAAAAUGGUGCUGAAGUUCCAUUGGAUAAUUCAGAGACAUUUGUGCUUCAAGAAACUGGAGAGUUAGCAGACUAAUCUAGACUUGAUCACAUUAAUACUUUGAGUUUUGAAAUUUUUACUUAUGAAUUUCAUAACACAUUUUAGUCACUAUAGAUUGACACUCUAAAGAGACAUCCAUCUGAUGCAAAUUGUGGUUCAUAAAACAUGGCCUCAUUCUAAUCUAAAGAGCUUAUUGGAAGAAUUCUUCUAUUUAAAAAAAAAUGGCAAUACUGUAGAUCCAUGUUCAAGAUAAAUCAAUGGUCCCAUGGAGCCACUAGCAAGCUAACAGAGUAUUCAAAAAGAGAAUUAAAAUGCUUACUGUGCAAGGCAAAGUUUCAGGGUCCUAAGUUGGGGCCUCUGAUUUCUUGGUGAAGCAAGCAUGCCUUCAUCACAGUAGUUUUUUUUUAAAUAAAGACCCAGAAAUAAAAAAUUUUUAUUCCACCUUCAUGGCUUAGUUUAGAAGGCCUUGCUUUGAGAAGGUUUCCCAUUGAUGUUGCUUAAUUUCAUCUGCACAAGGUGAAAUCCACUCAACAAUAAAAUUCCCUACUCAUUUUAAUAUCAUAAAAGGCUGAGAUUAUUUCUCUGUCAUAAAAUUGUAAAUAGCAUUUUUUAAAUCAGAAUUGCAUUUAAAAGAGUGGAUUGUUCUACAAAUAUAUAUAUGUGUAUAUAUACAUAUGCUUCUGAAAUAAGGAUAUAUUAUAUAGAGUUUUUUGACUUGUGGUCUUUAGUUAUAGGUAGUCAAAAAUUAAAAGAUUUGAAUGCAAAACUUUAUAUAUAAAUGUAUAUUUCUAAUGGUAGUAUAAAUUGCCACUUUAUAAUAAAAAAGAAACUGGUAGGAACAAUAAUGAAGCACAUGCUCCUUCAGAAUUUCAGUGAUUCUGAAUCCCCUCUUUGAUCCAGAAAUAAAUAUUUUUUAUUUCUAAAAAGAUAUCUUAAUCUGUACAUGCUUAAUAAUGUCUAUUCUGUGAUUGUCAUAACAGUCUGAAAAAUCUAUGGUUAAUGACAGGAAAGAGAUGCUAAAUACAAAUCUCUAUCUUUCAGGAUUUUUAUUUGACCCAUUAAAAAUAUCUGAAAUAAAUGAAAAUUUCUCACGUUAAGUCUGAUAUAUUUGGCUUCAGUAAAACACAGAAGCACAAAAUAUAUUUAACUUUAUGGUAAUAGCAUCAAAUGUCAAAAUAUAAAUGGCAUCAUUAGAUGUUUUAUUGGUUGGUUAUGUUUCUUUGUCUUUGCUCCAAGCAAAGCUUAAAGAGGUAGUAUUCAUUUUAUUUAAAGUUGUUCAACAAAAGUCCAAAAUGUGUACCCAUAAUCCUGAUUGGUCUUGGUUUCAUUAUAAGUCUAGCUCUUGAAAUCUUAAUAAAUCAUUGACACUGAAAUGUUUAAUAAAUGUUGUAUGAGAACUGGGCAAAUUAAUGUUUCAUUUUUGCAUUAAAAACAAAUUAUUCAAAUCA